CCUGCGCGCUGCUUCUCCGCCGCCGCACCGCGGGGUCCGGCCCGCCCGAGCGCCGGAGGGGCAGUGGUCCGGCCAUGGCAGGGCGCGGGCGGCGGCGCUGAGGCGGCUGAGGGCAGGGUGUCGGACCCCGAGCGGGCGCCAUGCGGUCCCUGAACAUCACCCCGGAGCAGUUCGCGCAGCUCCUGCGGGACAACAACGUGACGCGGGAGCAGUUCAUUGCUCUCUACGGGCUGCAGCCGCUGGUGUACAUCCCGGAGCUGCCGGGGCGCACCAAGGUAGCCUUCGUCCUCAUCUGCGUUCUCAUCUUCGCCCUGGCGCUCUUCGGCAACUGCCUGGUGCUCUACGUGGUGACCCGCAGCAAAGCCAUGAGGACCGUCACCAACAUCUUCAUCUGCUCCCUGGCGCUCAGCGACCUCUUCAUCGCCUUCUUCUGCGUGCCCUUUACCAUGCUGCAGAACAUCUCCUCCAACUGGCUCGGCGGUGCCUUCGCUUGCAAGAUGGUGCCGUUUGUUCAGUCCACUGCUAUUGUAACUGAGAUUCUUACAAUGACCUGCAUUGCUGUGGAAAGACACCAGGGAAUUGUGCAUCCCCUGAAAAUGAAGUGGCAGUACACCAAUAAAAGAGCUUUCACGAUGCUUGGCAUAGUCUGGUUGCUGGCUCUCAUUGUUGGGUCGCCCAUGUGGUACGUGCAACGGCUUGAGGUUAAAUAUGACUUUCUGUAUGAAAAAGUGCAUGUUUGUUGCUUGGAAGAAUGGGCCAGUCCCAUUUAUCAGAAGAUCUAUACAACCUUUAUUCUUGUUAUACUCUUCCUUCUUCCACUGAUGCUGAUGCUUUUUUUGUACACUAAAAUUGGCUAUGAACUCUGGAUUAAGAAACGAGUGGGAGAUGCUUCAGUUCUUCAAACCAUUCAUGGGAGCGAAAUGUCUAAAAUAUCAAGGAAGAAGAAGCGAGCAAUUGUUAUGAUGGUGACAGUGGUGUUUCUCUUUGCAGUCUGUUGGGCCCCUUUCCAUGUGAUUCACAUGAUGAUGGAGUACAGUAAUUUUGAGAAGGAGUAUGAUGAUGUGACAAUCAAAAUGAUUUUUGCAAUUGUCCAGAUCAUAGGAUUCUUCAAUUCUAUUUGCAACCCUAUUGUGUAUGCUUUCAUGAAUGAGAACUUCAAGAAAAAUUUUCUGUCUGCCCUCUGCUUCUGCAUUGUGAAAGACAACACAUCCCCAAGCAGGCAGCUUGGGAACUCAGGAAUUACCAUGAGGAGGCAAAAGCCAGGUGCAUCUCAGAAAGAUCCCAUGGACUUGGACGAAGGCAGGAGGGAGGCAUUCAGUGAUGGCAACAUCGAGGUCAAGUUCUGUGAUCAGCCAGCUUCCAAAAGGAAUUUGAAAAGGCACCUGGUCCUGUUCAGCUCUGAGCUUACUGUGCACUCUGCAGUAGGAAAUGGACAGUAGCAUCACAAGGGGUUUGGGAAUGGAGAAGUCCUUCUCUUUAUGAUCAUUUCAAUAAGCCAUUUAAAAGAGUUUGCUGCUUUGCAUGCUGAAAUGAGGGGGGAAAAUGAUGUGUGGAUUCUAAUCAUGUUGGCAUAGUGGCUGAGAAAAUGUAAUGCUUAUUUUAUAAUGACAAGGAGUGAAACUUUGGAAAACAACAUUGUGUGAUUUCCAGGAGAAAAAAAUAAUUUCUUCCUGACCUAAUUUAGGGCUUAUUUGUGCUCUGCUUUAGGUAAACAAAACAACUGCUGCUUGCUCCAUUUAUUGUGUGUCUGGACUGUACACAGCUGAAUGCCAGAAGACAGGAGUUAUGGAGAGAAUGUGCACCUUUUUGGGACAACUUGGAAGUCUGACGUGGGGAUGACAUUGCAAGAUCUGCUUUCUGCAGCUUUGAGGACAGAGCAGCUUCAGAUCUGAGUUUAGGAAAGAUGGAGGUUGAGAUGCAAUUCUAUUUUAGAAAAAAAAAGGGAAUAUGAAAGAGUUAUCCAGAACAUGACUCUGAAAAGAUUUAAACACCACAUGCAUGUUCAGAUUUUGUUAGAAGGAAGCAUAUUAGUAAUUAGCAAUGCAUGCCUAAUUACUCUGCUAUUUUUACAGAUUUAUUCUUGGGUGCAAAUAUAAAUGCCAUUGUACUGCCCUGCAAACUGCAUUGUUCUUCUGAAAAAUGAAAAAGCUGAAAAAGUGCUGUACAAGGAAGUGCAGAUGCAGGAGGUGUGGUCUGUAAACACUGAAUUGAACUUCCAGUCAUGCUUGGACAUGUGACUCUCAGGUUGAAAGGCUGGUGUUUGCUGUCUGAGAACUGGGCCAGUGCUUUGUUAUUUUAGAGUUCACUGUAAAUUGUGGGGUCGAUAUCCAUAGAAAUUCUAAAUGUUUUUGCUCUCAGUGGGCCAAACUGCAAAAUUGCAAAGGUAUGUUUGCAAGUGUGGGACUGGGGGAGAAGUGUGAUCCGAACUGGUACACUGGGAUCCCAUAAAUGAGGCCUUGAAAUACAGAAUUUGCCACUCCAGCUGAGGUUAGGUUGGAUCCUUUAACAGCCUGUAAAAUGUCAGUGCUCUCUUCUGUCACUCCUUGCCUCACCUAUGAGACCUUGAUGCUGCCUUGGCAGUCAAUUUAAGAUUCUUUUACAUUGCUACUUUACACUUCAUUGUAAAUGACAACUUAGGGUAAAAUAUCCUUGUAUAAUUUGGAUGUAAUCUGAUUCUUCUCUAAUGUCUACAGAUUGCAAUGGGUUUGUGACACACUUUAUUUACAUGUGUUUUUUUAUAUUCUAUAUGAUACACUCUUGUGCAAUGACAGAAAGCUCCUGACUUGUCCUGAGGGCCAGGAAUCAAGAGCUUAUUAUCAUAGUUUUCCUCAGCAGAUAUGAAGUUUAACUGCCUGAUGGUGAGAACUAUGUGUUUGGAUAGAAUCUGUGACUGAAAACUAAUUUAUUUUAAGCUAUUUAUUUAUUUGCACUGCUAAUUUCAGUGACAGAUUUUAACAGACAUUUAACCAGAACUUCCAAGUAUCUUUGUCUUUGUUUUGUCUUCCCUGCUUCUGUUGUCUCAUAAAACAUUGUGUCAAUGAA